AUGAAAGACUAAUCCAUCUACAAAAGUUCACAAGAGAUUGUUAAAUAUGAUACAUUUCAGGAUAACCUCAUUACUUGUGAUACAGAACAAACACCAAUAAAUAGAAGUGAAUAAAAACGAAUAAUCUUUGCACUAAUUAUAUCUACUUUCUUUGCCUUAGGAUAAUAUGAGUGUAUGAGUGCCUUCUUUAUACCCUUUAAAGUAAAGAAUCAUCCUACAAUUACUGACUUUUAAGUUGGACUUUUAAUGGGAUUUUAUCAGGGAUUUGUUGACGGGCACAUUUAUGUUGCUUGUUAUGCUAUAGCAGUCUCUGAGUUUAGUUAAAAUCGAGGAGAAAUUAUAGGGAAGUUUGAAGCAGGAAUGGGAUUUGGUAUAAUGAUGGGAGCCCCUAUCGGAUAAACUUUUUCAGUUUUUAUGAGCUAUCCAUUUAUUUUCUUCGGAUUUGGAAUGCUUCUUAUUUUCUCAAUUAUUGUAACGAUAAUUUUGCUACCAAACAGAGUGAAUUAAAAUUUUGGAGAUUAAGAUUGUAAUGUGGAUAAUUAAGAUGAUGUGGUGGAUGUCUCUUAUUCUCAAAUAUUAAGAAAUAAAACAGUCUUGACUGCUUUGUUCUUUAAUUAAUUUGGAGUAGUAGUUAUGCUAUUCAAUUCAAUGCUAAUAACAAAUCAAUUAGUGGUAUUAGGUGUUCCAGACUAUUUGACAGCAUAAUUUCUGGUAUUUUGGUUGACAGAAUAGAAAGUUAUUAUUUAGUCUAGGCAUCUUUUAUAACAAGCGCACUAUCUUUAUAUCUUUAAGAAAUUCUCUUACUCGAAUGCUUAUUGGAAUAGUAAUAACAGAUUCAUCUCUUGCACUCAUAUUCACCUCUUUGCUUGCCAAUGUUAUAAGGGCAGUUGA